AUGCCUCUGCAACUCUGGGGAACACUGGACGCGGUCGUGGGCUACAGGGUCCUAUCUCCGGUGACCUUCUACACACUCUUGGUUCUGCUCGUGGCCGCUUACCAUGUGCUUUCUCGGCUUUUUGGACCGUCCGACACCCACCAGAGGCUCAGGAGCUUGGAGGAGGUGCAACCUCUGCUGCCGCCGACCAAGGUCGACGAGAUCAUCGAGCACGAGUCGAAGCCGUACGAAGGCUCUGAUUUCAAGAAACCUCUUCUUAAGGGUAUCAAUACGGAUUCACGUACUCCUUCGUUUUCUCCUCUCACUCGUACAUGUUCAUACGAUGUAUUUUUGAGUUUCCGAGGUAUGGAUACACGAAACAACUUCACAGGCCAUUUAUACACUUAUUUGGUUCAGAAGGGAAUUAAUACUUUCAUUGAUGAUGAAGAGCUUAGAAAAGGAGAAGAAAUAUCGCCUGUACUUCUCAAAGCAAUUGAAGGGUCAAAGAUUUCUAUCGUCAUAUUCUCUGAAAACUACGCAUCCUCAGAAUGGUGUUUGAAUGAACUCGUUAGAAUCCUUCAAUGCAUGAAGUUGAAGAAACAAUUGGUUUGGCCGGUGUUUUACAAGGUGAAUCCCUCCGAUGUAAGGUAUCAGAAGGGUAAAUGUGGUGAGGCACUUGCUAAACAUGAGUGUAGAUUCAAAGACAACACGGACAAGGUGCAAAAAUGGAGGACGGCUCUUACAGAUGCAGCAAAUCUAUCAGGGUGGACUUUUCCCGAUGGGCAUGAAGCUAAGUUCAUUAGUCAGAUCGCUGAAGAUAUUUCUGCACAUAUAGCAAAACGCAACUAUUUAAAUGUGGCAAGAUAUCCCGUUGGAAUAGAGUCUCGUGUACAAGAUGUGCUUGAGCUUUUAGAUGUCGGGGGAAGUGAUGUUCGCAUGGUUGGCAUAUGGGGUAUUGGUGGGAUAGGCAAAACAACAAUUGCUAAAGCUAUAUUCAACUCAAUCCGCCAUAAGUUUGAAGGUUGGUGCUUUUUGCCAAAUGUUAGAGCAGCGUCAGUACCCCAUCAAGGCCUAAUUCAACUACAAAAUGAUCUUCUUCAUGAGUUAUUUUGGGGGCGAAAAAUGAAGAUUACCGAUACUGAUAGAGGAAUCGAGGUGAUAAAGGAAAGUUUGAGUAGUAAAAGGGUUCUCAUAGUAAUUGAUGAUGUGAAUGAGUUGAACCAGCUGGAGACAUUAGCUGGAGGAUUUGAUUGGUUUGGUCGUGGUAGCAGGAUUAUCACAACAACAAGAGAUAAACGUUUGCUAAUUGCUCAUCAAGUCCAUCUAAUAUACUCAGCCAAAGCAUUAGAUAAUGAUGAAGCCCGUAACCUCCUGACUUUGAAUGCCUUCAAGAAAAACAGAAAUUCGGAUGAGUCUGCGAAGUUCCCAAUUGAUACUGCUGUACGAUUUGCUCAUGGCCUUCCAUUAGCUUUAAACAUUUUAGGUUCACUUCUCUGUGGAAAGAAUAUAAACCAGUGGCAUGCUACAUUAGAUGGUUACAGAAGAUUUCCUAACAGUGAUAUCCUAAGAGUCCUUGAAACAAGUUAUCAUGCAUUAGAAUAUCCGUUGAAAGAAGCAUUUCUCGACAUUGCAUGUUUCUUAAAUGGUAAAAGGAAGGACUAUGUCAUGCAAGCACUAGAGUGUUCUUACCUCAACCCUGUACACGCUAUUGAGGUACUUGAAGAAAAGACCCUCGUAAGUACUGAAUUUGGUAAGAUUCGGAUGCAUGACUUGCUGGAGGAUAUGGGAAAAGAAAUAGUUCGGAAAGAGUCACCUGAAGAUGCUGGAAAACGUAGCAGACUAUGGUUUCAUGAGGAUGUUUAUCGUGUUUUAACUGAAGAUACAGGCUCAAAAAAAGUUAAAGGCAUCAGAAUAGAGCUACCAGGAGAAGAUGAGAUAUGCUUGAGUGCUAAAUGCUUUAAAAAGAUGAAAAAUCUUCAGCUUUUUAUAAACAUUAAUGCCCGCUUCUCUGGAGAGGUUAACUAUCUCCCAAAUCAACUGAGGUUCCUUGACUGGCCUGGAUUCCCAGCACAAUCUUUGCCCUCCGACUUCAGUCCAAAAAGACUAGUUAAUCUGAAUAUGCCAAACAGUCGCAUCUCACGACUUGGGCAAGGACUCAAGCACAAUUUCCAGAACUUGAAAUUUCUAAGUUUUGAAGGUUGCGAAUUCCUAACAGAGGUCCCUGACUUGUCUGGAGGAUUCCCAAACUUGGAGAACUUGAAUUUAAGUCGCUGUACAGGUUUAGUUCAGUUGCAUUCUUCAGUUGGAUCCCUUGAUAAGCUUGUCAAGUUCAAUCUUAGGGCUUGCUCUAACCUUAAGUUGUUUCCAAGAAUAGUCAACAUGAAAUCAUUACAAGAUAUCAAUUUUGGUGGCUGCAAGAGGCUCCAGAAGUUUCCUGAAAUUGAGGGAAGGAUGGGAUCCUUAACAAGAAUGAAUGUAUCUGGAACUGCUAUCAAAGAAGUACCUGCGUCAAUUGGAUAUCAUCUCUUUAAUCUUUCAUCUUUGCUUUUCAAUCACUGUGAAAAACUUACGAGUCUGCCGCUCAGCAUUUAUGAGUUGAAAGAGCUAAGUAAUCUUGAACUGACUGGUUGCCCAAAACUGGUGCUACCUCCAUUCUCGAAGAAGGUGAAACACAGUGAAGUGCUAACUCCAACGUCUAACUCAAACAUGUCACAUUGUGGCAAAGCAAUUUCAUCAGAAAGAGAAAGUGAUGGUGACGAUGAUGAUGAUGAUGAUGAUGAUCAAGGGAAUGUAGGGUUUCCUUCACUAAGUCACUUCAUGGCGGAUCGAUGCCAUAGUUUGAACAUUGAUUUCAUUGAGACGCUUUGUUCUGUCUCAACCUUAAAAGUGCUUACUUUCUCAGAAAGCAAUAUCGUCAGUAUUCCCGCAUGCCUUACCAAAUUUACCAAAUUGUGGAGGCUUUUCCUGACUGAUUGCAAGAGGCUUCAAGAAGUCCCGGAGUUUCCACCUAAUUUGAAAGAACUAUAUGUGGGAGGUUGCGAAUCAUUGGAAAGAAUUUCGAAGUUAUCAAACAUUUUGAAACACGAAGAACGGCAGAUGUUUGAGUGGCUGGACAUGAUCAAUUGCUGGAGACUGUGUGACAAUUUGUUUCAGGAGGCAAAGAAGGAAGGUUUUUUAGUUAAGGAUGAUCUUCAGGUGGAGGCUGUCAUCUUCUCUCUAUUUCUCUCUUGUGACAAGUCAAAGUUCGGGGUUGUAUUUCCAGGUUAUGAAAUUCCAAAGUGGUUCAGCUGUCAAAUGGAAUGCAAAGAAUAUGGUCGGUUUGAGUUUGAUAUUGAAGUCCUUCAUAAUUUUAAAUGGCACAACGCAGCAUUGGCUCUAUGUGUUAUUGGCAAAGAGUUGACAUAUUGGGCAUUUGAUAUUCGUAUCAAUGAAGUUCUAGUGGAGAGGAGUCCAGAUGAUCACUGCGAUUUUUUCCUUGAGGAACUCCAAUCAAGUGACGACGAUAUUGAUGAAAUGGAACAAGGUGACCACUACAUUGAUGAACUCAAAUCAAGAUACUACAGCGAGUUGGCAAAUAGCUCAAGAGAAUAA